AUGGCUACCGACGCACCCCCCUCCUACGACUCUAUCAUCAGCAAGGUUGAUAACAAUAUCAAACAGGACCCGACAGUCGAGGGACUAAAGAGGGCCUUCGACAGCCUCGAUGAUGAAGAGAAGACUAUUCUUGCCGCCCGCGAGCACGAGCCCAUCGAGCUUAAUCCGGAACAGCUGAAGCAAUUCCAUCAAGGCUUUUCCGAGGGUUUCUCCCAGGUACAGGAACACCUCGAGUGGAAAGCGGCCAAUUGCGCCGAGCAGUGCAAGAAGGUUGCUACCGACUUCCUGAACAUUACCGACAAGCUCUCGUCCAUCUCGUCUCUCGAUGGCUCGGAAGAAUCACAGAAGUUGGUCUCCGAUUUCAAGAGUCUCGAAAAGGAGGCCGAAGACCUCGAGAAGGAAGCCCAGGGAAUCCACGACAGCUUUAGCAACUUCCUGGCCGACAUAUAUGAAUACACCGCCCGGUUCGAUAGCUGGGCACAAAAGAAGGAGGGCAGCCUGAACGAUAAGAUCACACAGCUGAAUAAAGACAUCCAAGACCUCAAGAAGGAAAUCUCGAAAAUCACCACGGCCAUGAUCGCUAUAGGCGCUGUUGCCGGCUUCGCCCUGCCAGCUCUCGCCGUCGGGGCCGCAGUCGCCGGGCCAUUUGCGCCUCUCGUCAUUGGCAUCGCCAUCUUUGCCGCCGUGGGAACGGUCGCGUCUGUCACGGCCCUGGCCUUCAAGAAGAGCUCGCUUGACCACGAGAUCGAAGCCAAGGAAGACGAGAAGAAGAAGGCCCAAGAGCAGCUCGGUAAGAUCCAGAAGGCGCGGACGGAGCUCAAGGACCUCGGCAAGUCGCUAGAUGACGACGUCAACCACAUCGUCGGCGUCAUCAACACUGCCUGGAAGUACUGCCAGGCGGACGCGGUCGAGAUCAGGCGCUGGCUCGAGCAGGGGCAGAAGGACGCCGACCUCCCCCCGUACAUGGCCAUUCAGCUCGGCAAAGCCGACGGCAUCUAUUCCGUUGUGGGCAGGUACCUCCGCAAGUACGCGGAUGCUUUGGCCAAUACCAGUGGCUCCUCUUAACUAUCUCACCCAAGGGUAGUAAGUAAGGUAGUAAGAAAAAAAAGUGUGACUAGAGCACGUCGAAAUGUUGAAUAACUAGCGACGUGUUACCCGAGACUCAAGAAACGGGAGUGGAUUCCAGGUGCCGGAGCAGGCUCAGAUG